AAAAGCGUGAAGUCACGUGAUCUUGUAAUUCCCAUCCAAUGUUCAAAAAGUGCAUUUCUGUGCUUGCAGCAGAGCCUGCGAGCGUUAAAGAGAUAACGAAAUAGAAAACAACAAAACAAACUCGAGCGCGAGAGACGGAGAGAUAUGAGAAGCAUGCGGAAAAUGGGUGCAGCCUUGCACACACAAAAGCCCCCAUUGGCGCUCCACAGCACCCCCAUCUCGCCCUCUUCCAGGCGGCCCCCUCCCGUUCCUCCUCCUCCCCCUCCUACUCCACCACCACCAGUCGAGGUGCAUUGUGGGGAGGAAAGUCGUUGCCAUUCGACCUCUGCGGGGCCUGCGCGGACUCAGCCAGAACCCUGAAAAUGGCAUUAUGCGCUUGAAAGGGACACUUAUUUCCGCAUAACCGACACACUCUCACCGGCCGGGGCCCCCGCGACCGAACAACGACGAGCAACGACGGCGGCUGGGAGACAGCGAGGAGAAGGAAGGGAAAAGGAACGUUUUGCCGUGGCGGGGGGGAUCCUGGUGAGACAUUUGUCAUAAGCGCAAGAAAAUGUCCGGCGAGAGGAACCGCAGGUCGCUGGCGUUCCGAGGCGGUGGACUAGCCGGGCUAACGGGCUCCGCAGGCGGCGGCGGCGGGGGGAACGGUAACAGCUGGGAGGCCCCGGCCUGCCACGAUCGACAUUUUAACGGCAACCGGCCGGACCAAGACGACGACGGGGACCUGGGGGCGACGGGACCAACGCGGAAGCGACGGGAGGGCGCCGGCUCGGUGAGCGACAGCACGGAGCUCGACGCCGAGGAGGAAGAGGACGCGGAGGGGGCGGCCGGGAGCCGCGGCGGCGACGCCGACUCGGCGGCGAACGGCUACAAGGAAGCGGGCAGGGGAGACUUGGCGGAGUCGGGGAGCGCCGAGGCGGGACCCAGGAAAUGCGGUGUGGAGAUGAGACCGCAGACGCUACUCCAGAAGCACUCGCUCUUCCACGCGUCGUGGCUCCACGAGUUCCCGUGGCUGCGCUUCUGCCAGCAGACGGGGCUCAUGUCGUGCUCGUGGUGCCGCGAAGCCGCCACCCGCAGCAGCGACGAGCUCACCAAGGGCAGCCGCAGCUACAAGCGGGCCCUGCUCCUCCGACAUCACCUGUCCUCCGAACACGGCAAGAAUGACCCCAGCAAACAGGAAUCGUCACGGCCCCUGGACAACGCCAGCCCGUCCACCAACUCCUCCGAGGACGACUACCGCAACAAACCCAACGAGAACUCGUACUGCUACCAGCUGCUGCAGGAGCUGGACAAGCAGCGCAAGAGCGGCAUCCUGUGCGACGUCAACAUCGUGGUGUCGGGCCAGGUGUUCCGCGCCCACAAGAACAUCCUGGUGGCGGGCAGCCGCUACUUCAAGACCCUCUACUGCCUGACGCAGAGCGAGGCGCAGGACCGGGCCACCGUCACGCACUUGGACGUGGCCGCCGUGCAGGGUUUCUCGGUCAUCCUGGACUUCCUCUACUCGGGCAACCUGCUGCUCACCAGCCAGAACGCCAUCGAGGUCAUGUCGGUGGCCAGCUACCUGCAGAUGACCGAGGUGGUGCAGUCGUGCCGGGCUUUCAUCAAGGACGCGCUCAACAUCAGCAUCAAGCAGGAGGCGCCCGAUUCGGUGCUGGUGGAUUACAACAAGCGGCAGAGGGUGACCAAGGAAGGCCCGCGGGGCCACGCCGACCGCAAGCCGGGCAACUUCUGGGCCACCAGUAUCCUCUCCAAGCUCUCCAUCCAAGCGAGUGGCAACAGCCAAGGGAAGGAGUCGGCGGCGGCGGCGGAGGACGGCGAUCAAGACGGCGGCGGGAGGGUGAAGGAGGAGUCCAGUGACGUGGAGGUGACGCCGCUCGGGGCCGGUCCCCCCGGCGCUCCCCCGGGGAGCUGGAGCCACCACAACGACAACUCCUCCGACUCGGCCGACAACAACGAGGCCCGCUCGCAGGUUUUCGUCUGGAACGAGCCCGGCGCGGCGGCGGCCAUCAAGCGCGAGGCCCCCGACGUCGCCGCCGGCAGCGGGCGGCGGAAAAAGCAGGCCGCCACGCGGAGGUUCGUCUACAACUUCCCGCCGGAGCCCGAGGAGGGCUUCGACGAGGGCAUGUUCGUCCAGCCGUCCGCCUCCUACCCCCGAGAGGACUUCUCGGCGCUCUCGGAAAACGCCGAGCUGGCCAAUCAGAUCCAGUACAGCAUCAUCCAGCCAGGGGAGUCCUGGGAGAAUGGUGAGUCGUCGCUGCUGGCAAUCAACAAGCUAAAGUGUCCGCACUGCAACUACAUCGCCAAGCACCGGCGCACCCUCAAGAGGCACCUGGUCAUCCACUCGGGUGUGCGCUCCUUCAGCUGUGACAUCUGCGGCAAGCUUUUCACCCGCCGCGAGCACGUCAAGAGACAUUCCUUGGUGCACAAGAAGGACAAGAAGUACAAAUGCAUGGUGUGCAAGAAGAUCUUCAUGCUCGCGGCCAGCGUGGGCAUCCGGCACGGCUCGCGGCGCUACGGCGUGUGCGUGGACUGUGCCGACUCGCACCAGGCCGGCCAGGAGGGCCUGGAGGGCAUGGAGUUCCCCCGGGACGACGACUUUGAGGGCGACGACGCCGACGACCUGCUGGAGGCCGACAACGAUUCCGCCGACCACGACCGAGCUGCCUGGGGCCGCCGGGCCCCCACCGUCGCCGGCCCCGCCGUCGCCGGCCCCGCCGUUGCCACCACCCCUCCGCAGGACAAGGAGUUCUAGUCUCACAUUUUUCUUUUCGUCUUUUUUUUUGUUUUUGUUUGGGGUUUUUUCUGUUUUUAAUAUAUGUAAGCUGGUAAACAAUCAACUCCAAAAGUGCUAUCGAAACCUUGAGGUUGCUUAAAUAUGCGAGUUUGACAAAAAGAGAAGGAAAAAAAAGCGUUGGUAGCGUGGGAAGCCCGCCAUGUACAGAUUUAAUUAUUAUUAUUAAUCCUCACCAGAGAAAGAUUAUAUGAAAUAAUCAGGUUGUUGUUGUUGUUUGGGGGGGCUAUGUUUCCUUUUAAAUAGGUGGGGAGGGCUAGCUAGACCAAUCAUUGGAGGUAUAAAAAAAUAUUUAAUUUAAAAGAUUUUAUGGUCUUAUCACAGAUGAUCUAAUUUUUGUCGUUAAUUUUUUUUUGUUUUCCUUUUUUACUUGCUGUGUAGAUGGCGUUUAGUUGCGCUAAAAUAUUCUAUAUUAUUCCGUUUUUCUUUCCUUUUGUUUCCCUGCGCAAAUCUUGGAACCAAAAAAUCUGUUUGGUGACUUUAAUGCUCUGCAGCCAUAUUUAUGAUAUAUUAAA